AGUUCAAACUUAGAGUCAAUGAUGAAAAUUGACUUUUUCUUUUCCGCAGCUUUAUAAUGUCGAACGCAAAUAAACAGUAGUUUUCGUAAUAAAUUUGAAAGUGUAUAAUUGUCGAAAAAAAUCGUAAAAUAUUACGUGUUUUGUAAAUAUUCUUGUACAGUGUCGUUUUAGUGGUGUCGUUUUAUAAAUAUAUAUUCAUCCAAUGAGAGAACAAAAAAUAUAAAAAUUGUACAAAUUAAUAGUGCUCGUUUGUUCUGUACAUAGAAACAUAAUAAGCAUUGGGACUAAUAAAGAGAAACAGUUGAGCAAUGUCUCGUUAUAAGUCAGAUCCUGAAAUCGCUGAUUACGAAGCUACAAAAUGUUGCACCAGUUUUUUGCAUUACACGUGGAAAACUAUCACGUGUCUUUUUUCUCACGUGACUUUAGUGUCAAUGGUUGUGUCAUAUUGUGUAUUGGGAGCUUUUACGUUUGAAGCUUUGGAGGUGGAGAAUGAAAAACAGAUUAAACGUGGCAUUUAUAAAAUUCGUGAAAAUGUUACCCAUCAUCUUUGGAACUUCACCCAAGAAAUGAGAGCUUUAGAUCAAAAGAAUUUUACCAAAGGUGCCAUGAAAUACCUAAUGGCUUUCGAACAUUCUUUGUUAGAUAAAAUGAACAAAGAAGGAUGGGACGGGGAAGAAGAUCCUGAUAAAGUCCAGUGGACACGCACCGGAGCACUUUUCUAUUCCAUCAUAGUUAUUACCACUAUAGGAUAUGGACACAUCUCUCCGAAAACUACUUGGGGUAAGGUCGUUACCAUAUUUUAUGCGAUAUUGGGUAUUCCAUUGAUGCUGCUCUGUUUAUCCAACAUCGGUGAUAUUAUGGCUAGUUCUUUCAGAUUUUUGUAUUGGAGAGUUUGUUGUUACAUGUGUCAGAAGAAACCUAAAAAGAUGAAGAGAGGAAAAUCCCUUAAAGGAUCAUCAAGAUUCGAGAGAGGAUAUUCAAGAUCGUUUAAAGGUCAGAGAUACACUGGUCCUCCAAGGGCUUAUUUGAAACGAUAUGGGGAUUUGGGAGGUCCAAUAUCACACUCAGAUACUGAAUUGAGAUAUUUGGAUGAAAUACCAUCUAGAAGUUUGAGUUUUCCCCGUUCUAGGACAAGUAGAUACAUGAAACAUGACGAAAAAGAAAGAAAAAUAAGUCGAACGUCUACAAUUUCCAACCAUAAUCCUCAAAACCACAUCCCGCCUCUCAGGGGUUAUUCAUUAGAUAGAAAGAAGUCAGUGAAAGAAACUGCAAUCGAACUUGAUCCUAUGUUGUUGGAUAAUACUCCUAUUCUGUUCAAUAAGUAUGUCGUAGGUAAAGACGGUGGGUUUACCAGGACGAUACCAGGUAAAGGUAUCACACCUAGGCAAACUGAAAUUGACAAGAGAUUCGCUAAUCUAUCAACAUCAAGAAGUUGCAAAAGCAGGCCGAGAUCAAGAAAUUUUUUGGAACCUCCCGGAAUACCUUCUUCAAGUGACGAGGAAGAUUUGGAUUCUAUCAAAGAUGAUCGCACUCUCUCAAGACCUAGAAAACCUACACCUUCAAGAAGAGGGAGAUCGCGCUCUCCAAAUACAACUGUAAAGAGUCCCAGUCCAAGAAUGAUGACUCCAUUAGGUUACGGUCUACGAACCCGUAAUGUAGAAGAAGAUACAGAUGAUGAUUAUUAUUAUAGUGACGAUCCUUACGACAGCGGUAAACCAAGGAUUCGGCCAGUUCCUAUAUGGUUAUGUGUAUUCUUAGUUGUUAGUUAUAUUUUAGCGGGAGCGUAUCUGUUUAUGACGUGGGAAGAAUGGGAAUACCUAGACGCUGCCUAUUUCUGUUUCAUUACCUUAACUACUAUCGGAUUUGGUGAUUUGGUACCCGCUAAAGAAGUGAGCAGAAGCGAUAAAGCUACUAUAAGUAUAGCGCUCUGUUCAUUGUAUUUGUUGUUUGGAAUUUCGUUACUAGCCAUGAGCUUCAAUUUGGUUCAAGAAGAAGUGAUAGCAAAUGUUAAGAGUGUUGCCAAAAAAUUGGGAAUCAUUAAAAGCGAUUCUGACGACGAAGAAGACGAUUAACAUGAAAUGUGUUUAUUAUUUUUAAAUAAAAAAUAAUGAAUAGUGUUUGGUAUUUUUUCCCAAAUA